AUGCGAGACACGGGAGGAGCUGAUACACUGCAAGUGCAUGCAUCUGUACAGGGUGCUUGUGAGGCUGCGAUAACCGCCUUAGAGGCGCGGACAGCCAAAUUGCAGCAAUGGGCUGCGGUGUCUACACAGGUCGGCUCUCAGGAGAUUCAACAGCUCGAAGCUGCUGUUGCUGCGCUGCAGCAGCAGCAGCAGCAGCUGCAGCAGCACCGAAUGGAGACACUUCCAGCAAUAGAGAAGGCAGCUGUUAGCGAGAUAAAAGAACUCAGAAAGGAAAGAGACACUUUAGUUAGCCGCAUGCGCUGCGAAGGAGACAAAUUAAUUGAGAGCCUCAGUCUCUUCUAUGAGAACAAAGAGAAGUCAUGGGGAACAGCUGUAGCGUCUGAUAAGGCAAAAGAAAGAUGUGCAGACCUAUGGGCUUCGCUUGCUCAAGUAAAGAGCACCAGGAAGUCUGCUGCUGAGGUGUUGACAGCCAAACUGAAUGACGCACUGGGGGAGGCGGAGAAGGCAAUUUGUGAAGAGGCGGCUUCGAGGCGGCAGGCUGAAGAAGCUCUAAACAAGUAA